AUGGAUGAUGGAAGGAAGGCAGGUGUCCCAAAAGAUGACAUUUCGUCUGGGGAGAAUUGUGUCGAUAAUUCCGAUAGUGAGGCUGGUUUCGACUGCAGGAGGACUUCAACGCCGAACAAGGACCAGUCUCAGCAGGAAACCCCUAUACUCAGGUAUAGUGAAAAUUCAUUAAGGGGUUCCCGAAAGCGAAAGCAUUCCGAAUCUGAUGACAGCGAUGCUUCACCGAAUGAAGCAGAUGAAGCGAGAUUACUUAUCAACAAGAGAGAGAGACAGAGGAUGCACGACCUAAACUCCGCCUUGGACGGCCUUAGACAAGUCAUGCCUUACUCGACGGGACCCAACGUCAAGAAACUCUCCAAGAUGGCCACGCUUUUACUGGCAAAGAACUAUAUUCAGAGUCUUCAUAAGAGUAUCGACGACAUGAAGAAGAUGGUGCAAGAACUGACACUUCAGAGGCGAGCGGAGUCCCUGGUACUGCCACACCCUGGUCUCCCACCCCUGGGACGAUUACCUCUUCCGCUGAUUCCCGUGUGCAGUGUUGGGGCUAAGUCCUCCUUCGGUAGUGCCUUCAGUUUCCCGUGUUUCUGCACCCAGUGUCAGGGGCGAUCAAAGACUGUUUGA